AUGCCAGGCAAUGAUAUUAGUGCCGAUGAAAUUGAGCUCUAUGACCGCCAAAUACGCCUCUGGGGUAUGCAAGCUCAGCAGAAGAUCCGGAAUGCAAAUGUCCUACUUAUCACAAUGAAGGCCCUGGCUAAUGAGAUCGCGAAGAAUCUCGUGUUGGCCGGCAUCGGUUCACUAACCAUCGUAGAUCACGAGACUGUAACCGAGGCUGAUCUAGGUGCUCAAUUCUUCCUCUCUGAGCAGGAUGGUCAUCUUGGCAUGAACCGGGCAGAAGCUGCUCUCCCACAAAUACAGAAACUGAACCCCCGAGUCAAAGUCCACAUUGACAAGACGGAUAUUCGUUCCAAGGGUCCCAGUUACUUUGGCGUCUACGAUGUCGUUAUUGCAACAGACCUUGACCCAGAUACGCUCAACGUUGUCAACACGGCAACACGAGUCAACGGUCGCUACUUUUACGCAGCAGGGACUCACGGCCUCUAUGGCUUCAUCUUUGCUGACUUGAUCGAGCACGAUUUUGUUAUCGAGCGCGCCAAGGGAAACGUCACAACUGAGCUGAAGCCCGAAACCAGAACUCGCCUGAUAGUAGGCGUCAACACCAAGAAAGAAGACGGCAAGACGAUCGAGAUGGUGACUAAGCGCGAACUCUACAGCACCUGGUUCCUCGCCAGCGACACGGCGUACCUACCUGACGAGUACAAGAAAUCCAAGCGGCGCCUCAAGGCGGUGACCCCCGUCUUGCCAUGCCUACGUGCACUGUGGGAGUUCCAGCAGGUCAACAACAGCCGCACGCCACAUCAUACACCUCAGGACCUACAGCAGUUCACACGUUUGGCAACACAGAAGCACAAGGAUCUUGGCCUACCAGCCGAGACGCUGCGCUCCGAUUUUCUGCGCAGCUUCCUCCAGAACAUCGGCAGCGAGAUAGCCCCAGUGACGGCCAUUCUCGGUGGCCAACUCGCGCAGGACGUCAUCAAUGUAUUGGGACAGACGCAGCAGCCCAUUCAGAACAUGGUCAUCUUUGACGGCAACACCAUGGAAGCCACCAUGUAUCCUUUGCAUCCCGAGGGGCCGCUCGGUGCACAGCUAUUGUCUAUGACUGCGCCCACCGUCGGUGUGGGCAUGAACGGAGAUUUGGGCAUGCUAGACGCUUCGAUGCUAGCUGGCAUGCCACCUGUGGACCUCACGGGCAUGGUAGAUUUCUCUGCAGUUGCAGCUGGUAUACAACCCCAGGAUCCCGUGCAACAGCAGCAACAACAGCAGCCUCCUCCAGCGGCUUGA